GCUAUGAUUUUAAUAGCAUUAAUAGCAAUCACAAUAAAAAUUAAAAACUUUAAGAAACGAAAUUGAGUUUAAAAUUGAAAGGCAUUUUUGAUUGCCUAUGCUAGUAAAAUUGCAGAAAAUGUGGCAACUCAAAAACAUAGAGCUAAUAAUAAUAAAUUGUUUUAAUUUGUUUCUUGGAACCAAUUCAAGCUUUCCUUAUACAUUAUUUUAUCUAUAUUAUUAUUUAUAUUUUAAAUUGUUUCAGUCUCGUUAUGCACUUGUUAUCAAAGAAGCCUUCAGUUGUAUGCAAAAUUCUAAGAUUAACAUAAUUAUGUUUAAAAAUUCCUCAAGUUUAGUAAAAAAUAAUGUUGGGUUUGUUGAAUUUUUAGAAGCAAUUGAAUACAAUAACUUUCAGGUGAGAAUUGAGACCCAUCACAAAGAUAUAAGUAACUCAAUCAAGGCACCUUCAUUAAAUGUUCAGAGAAAUGAUCUUUGUGCAUACAUAUCAACAGAUCUGUUAUUUGUACCAUUGGUUCGACAAGUUUUUGAUUUAGGAAAAUGUCCUAUUGCCAAAGGUAAACACAUUGUUUAUAAAGAUACACUAGUUUCAAAGUAUCGACCUUACAUUCCAUUUGGCUGCUGGAUAAUUAUAACUAGAAUCACCAAAAAAGAUACACAACCAUUUACGUGUUUUAACAUUACACUUCAAUCAUUGCCAUCAUUGAAAUCUGAACUCUACCAGUGUACAUGAUUGUAUUUAAUAUGUAUUUGGUAUUUUACAUAAUUCAUCACAAAUUAUCUUAUACUCUCUCUUUCUCUCUA